AUGGAUGCAUUCAAGCAAUACGAUUUUCACAACGAUGAGAACUGGAAGGCAUACAUUCGAUCGGUCGAGCUACCUGCGCGCGAUGCCGAGGAGGCGAUGCUUCGUGUGAAGGCGCGUUGGUACAAGAAAAACAUAGACCCCAACUUUGACCUGAACCAAGUCAGUUCGGGGGCGAAAGCACAGCCGCAGCCUCAGAGCGCUCGAGCGUUCGGCUCUGGCGGCGCCACGUCCGGCGCGCCUGCCGCCGCAAACAGCGGUACCGGCAGUGGUACGACGUCACGCGGCAACACUGAGUACACCCCCCGGGCGCCGCCGCCGCCGCCGCCGCCACCACCUCGGUAUGGCGCCGCCAGCAGCGGGACGUAUGGAGGUGUCAGCGCCCAGCAGCGGCUGUUCCUCAUGCACGUUGGAAUGCUGUUGCUCGGAGUUUUUGUUGUCGUACCAUUCCUGCCGUACAGCCGUCUAGGAUACGUGUACCUGAUGCGGCUAUCCAUUUUGGCGCUGGGCUACAAGAUUUAUCUGCAACACGGGUUACCGUCCUUUCGUCCUGUGAGCAUGAUGACGGCCUGGUUCCAGCGCGUGAUGCCCACAUCGGACUUCCUUCAGCUCAUAACCGCUCUGAGCUUCUCCGCCCAGCCGCCCAUGGUCCUGGUGGCCGUGCCGCUGCUGGUGCUGGCAGCCUACCAUGCAGCCGCCUACUGCGCCGCGCACUUCUCCAAUCAUGCUCUGUGGCAGCGGUACGGCAGCCGCCUACACGUGGCGAUGCUUCGAAAGCAGGCCGACGCGCUGCUGCUCAACGCCUUUUGUGAGAUCGGUACCGCGGCCUUGUUGGUGCUGCAGCUGCUUACACCAGCUCGCAGCCUCCUCACUCUGGUGUUUUACGGACAGAUUCUGAAGCUCAAGCUGCACGUGCCGGACAGCGCACCGCAACAUCGGCAGGUUUGGCGGAAGAUUAAUGACCUCACGUUGCCGUACAGGCGUCAGGUCCCGGCGCUGGAGCGAUUCAUCCAAAUGGCCAUCCGCUGGUUCGCGAGCGUGCCCGGGGCGCGUUAG